AUGCGAUUGAUUAGCUUAAAAUCUCGAUUCCUACGAAGACGGGCUUCAGAUUCACCCUUAUCCGUCAGACCCCAACCGGAGGAGGCACAGGUAUGGACGGAGUCUUUCACCGCUCUCGUGUCGUCUAAAUAUGGGUGCUCACUUUACCGAGCCUUUUUACUCCGUGAAUUUAGCACUGAAAAUCUAGAUUUUUGGUUGGCCGUUGAAGACUACAGGAAUUCAAAACCUCAAAAGAUGACCGUUAAAGCCCAGCAAAUUUACAAUGACUUUGUGGCUGUAGAAGCUUCAAAAGAGGUGAAUCUGGAUGCAGAAACGAGGCUAAUAACAUGGACAAAUGUCCAAUCGAGUAACCCUGAUCAACACGCGUUUGACCUAGCCCAGAAGCGAAUCAAAUACAUGAUGGAACGUGAUUCUUAUCUACGUUUUUUGCAAUCCAAACUGUUUCUAGAGCUUGCUCAUCCGGAUCGAUAUUCCGCUUCGGCUAGUGAUGAUUCCGACCAGCCAACCUCCCCAGAAUGA